UCGGGCGAACUGCAUGAUUUUCUAAGUUUAAGAACCUAACAAUCACAUGAAUUGGCAAAAAAAAAAGAAAUUCUGAAAAAGUUGGAACAACUCGCCGGUGAGGUUCAUUUAAAAGUUCCUUCAAGCUGGACUUAAUAACAGAUGAAUGAUCUACUUUUGGGAAUAAGUUGGAUGCCAGCCUAGGGCCCAGUAGUGGCACGAUCACUGGGACAUCGACCCCUCCCCAGCCCCCUCCCUGGCUGAGGUGCCCUUCCUUAGCUGGGCGACAUGGGUCGCACCCCCGUGAAAGACCAAAAAGGAGGGAAAAGGGAAAAGCCUGGAAAGGGCAGCACCUCCUUGGAUUCCUCCCUUACUGCCAAAGAGACUUUCAGUUGGGAGGAAUACCUGAAGGGAUCGUCAUCAACGCCUGCCCCUCCCUGCUGUUUCAGACAGUCAAGGGUCUCCCCCAGCAAUGAUUUCAAGGUGGGCAUGAAGCUGGAAGCGCAUGACCCCCGUAACUCUACCUCUGUCUGCAUCGCCUCGGUGAUGGGCUUGGCUGGUAUGCGAGUACGUCUGCGUCUGGACGGCAGCGACAACACCAAUGACUUCUGGCGGCUGGUGGACUCGUCCGACAUCCAGGCUGUCGGGACCUGUGAGAAGGCGGGGGGCAUGCUGCAGCCUCCGCUGGGAUUCAGAAUGAAUGCAUCCUCAUGGCCCAUGUUUCUGCUAAGGACCUUAAGUAGAGCAGAGAUCGCACCCCCAACCGCUUUCAAAAAGGAGCCGGUGAGGCCGUCUCAGAACAACUUCCGGGCUGGAAUGAAGCUGGAGGCUGUAGAUAGGAAGAACCCCUAUCUUAUCUGCCCCGCCACCAUCGGCGAGGUCAAAGGUGACGAUGUCUUCAUCACGUUUGAUGGCUGGAGAGGCGCCUUCGACUACUGGUGCAAGUACGAUUCACGGGACAUCUUCCCUGUGGGCUGGUGCCUAAUAACCAAGCACAGUCUGCAACCUCCUGGAAACAGCGUCACCCUCCCGAAGAGCUUGCCGAUUCCCGCCUGGUCCCCGGCCAAGCCCUCCCAGCGUGCCAUGCAGUCCCCGUACCGCCUCAGCGCUCCGCUGCCCCCCCUGCCUGUCAGGAAGGGGGUGCGCGGCCGGCGCCCCAAGAGUCAGACUCUGGCACUGCUGAAGGCAGUGGCGGCCGCUCAGGCCAGCGGCCCUCAGGGCGGGAAGACGGCCCCCGACUCGCAGCUCGCACCCAGGCCGUACAAGAAGAGGGGGCCCAAGCCAGGGAGCAAGAGGAAGUCCCGGGUGCUUCCUGUUCCCAUGGGUACUCCCGCUGCCAUUCCCAAGACCCGCCAGUCCAGCGUUCAGCUCUCCAACGACGGAGCUGCCCACCUUAGUGCCAGUCCUGCCGUCACCUGCACAGUGUGCGUCUAUGUCAACAAGCACGGCGACUGCGGCCCCCUGCUGGACCGCAAGCUGAUGCAGCAGCUGCCCGACCACUUCGGACCCGGACCGGUGAACAUGGUGCUGCAGCAGGCGGUCCAGGCCUGCGUGGACUGCGCCUACCAGCCGAAAGCCCUGUUCAGCUUCCUACAGGCCCAGUCUGACGGGGGCGAGGUCAUUAAAGUGCGCUCCGAUGGAGGCAUUCACUACGUCCACCUGCCAUUGGCCAGCAGUGCAUCCUUUGUGCUGCGUUUCCUGGAGACGCUGUGCCAGCACCUGCAAUGCGAGAACUUGUUCAGCAGCCAGCCGUUCAGCUCCUACGCCUACGACCGCAGCAAGUCAGUUAAAGAAGAGACAUCAGAUGCUCUCACCAUAAACCGAGGGACCAAGCGCUUCCCAAAGGACUCGCCCCCAUACGCUGCCCCCCUGUCCCCCAAGCUCUUGCGUAAGGAAGUACAUCCCUCAGAAGCGGAAACCCUGCCGCAUGAGGAAGGAGGCCCACUGAUGGAGCAGCGUUUCCCAGAUGACUCCAUGGAUUCUGCCUCCAGCUCCAUGAAGUCACGACCGCCGGCACUGCGCAGCUCCUCCGAGUACCGGGCCCAAGCCAGCAGUCCAUACUACCCCGGGCAGCCCCUGGCUCUGCGCUGCCACUCCUCCAGCGCCCCUGAGCUGGGCUCCACGCGACUACACAGACGAGUGGAAGCAGCUAGCUCCACCACUGGCCCUGACCUCCAGGCUGCUGAUCGGGAGCCCCCCCGGCACUCAGGCCAGAGCCCAGCGACCUGGACCAUCGAGGAGGUGAUCCAGUUUGUGCGAGAGGCCGACCCGCUGACCCUGGGCCCCCACGCCGAGCUCUUCCGAAAGCACGAGAUCGACGGCAAGGCACUGCUGCUGCUGCGGAGUGACAUGAUCAUGAAGUACAUGGGGCUCAAACUGGGCCCUGCGCUCAAACUUUGCUACCACAUCGAGAGGCUGAAGCAGGUCAAGCCCUAGUAGGACACACCCCAGCCACAAGGGGGCGCUCUCUCAGAUGAGCACCAAAGGAGUAUCCUGCCCCUCUAUGUCCCUUAUAAAUGCUUUUUUUUUCGAGUGGUUGUUUUUUUCCAUAGAAAAUUUAUUUAUUAUACUGCAGUGACCACAGUACCUCAUUCUUAUCAGCCAAUCAAGCGAGGAGUACAGUAUCAGCUGAAUCCCAAAGGAGAAUGUCAAGUGUUUACAUAUUUGUACAGUAGAUACACACUGACUCGUAUUUGUUUUUCCUUCAAGAAAUACAAAUAUUUGGUUUGAGUUCACAUUUUACCCCCCAAUUUUUUUCCUGUGAUUCUUACUCCAGCAAACUGAAGGGGCUAUUUUUAAAAAAAAAUGUUUGAAUUGAUUAAUUUUUUUAUACAGUGUUUUCUGGCUGUUUACAUUUUUUAGCUCAAAGUGUAAGAGACCUGUUACUUUCCUAAUUUUUAAAUAACCUUUUUUUUUAAAAAAAAAAAAAACAAAACAAAAAUGGCAGCUGUGUGGUUUUCAUGUACUAGCUUGAAAAUGUGGGGGCAGAUUUGACCAUGAGGCACCAUUAGGGACAAAGGAGACUGGGGGGCUUCCUGGUUUUUGCAAAGCAGAUAUCAGGUCCCUUCGCGAAACUACUUAAAAAAAAACAAAAAAAAAAACAAAAAAAAACAAGCUUUGUGUGCAUAAACAGAGCUGAAGAGGAAUCGGUGUGUUUUCAGGCCUUUUAUCUACUGCCUCACCUGCAGCCAAAGGACAGAGAAUCAUCCAUGAGCCAACCAGGGGGUGGAGGGGGGCACACGGGCCUCUCCUUUUAAUAUCAACUGUUCAGCCUUUUUUUCCCCUUUCAGUUUUUUGAUAUAGAAAUUUUGGACCAGCUCCCAUGUGACUCUCCUGAAGCUGAGGACUUGCCUGUUGUUUAGCUGCAUUUCUGCUUCAGGACCGUGGAUCUCUGUCCCUUGACUCGCACCCAGGCAGCAGAGGAAGGCUACGCACUCCUGGCUCCCCGCCCCCCCUUCCUCGGCCUUCCAUGAGGUUUCUGUUAUGAUCAUUAAGCAGAGAGCUGAGGCAGCCUGCAGUGUGUGUGUGUGUGUGUGUGUGUGCGACUAGUGCUCAGGUGGCUUAUCCUGUCUUUCUUCAUAUUCACUGGGGCCAUCGCUAGGUUCCAGAGGCUGGAAAGACAAUCUGGAAAUAGGUCUUCAGCCAUCGCUCUUUUGCGGCAGCUGACGUUGAUGUUUUUAAGACAGGAACUGUAGCCGUGGUCCCCCUUGCGCCUUACCUCACUCAGCCACCCUCAGGUCCAGAACUCAUCUCCUUUAGAGGCCAGGACAGUGCGGGCGAGGCAUGUCAGAGCUCACUGCGGUCUGCAGCGUGUUGGUGCUGCUUCUGAAGACCGGGGGUGUCAGGGAGGUGGGCUGGCUUGGGCUCUGCUGGGAUCUGACUGGUGCCCCCUGCUGGUGGUGCUUAUGUGCCAACCUGCUGAUUAGUGUCAUGUUACCUUCAAGCCAUGUUUAUUACCGGGUCAUGUAGCACUGGGGGUGUUCCAUGAAGCAGGAUUUCUUGCUUAGCUGGAUAGCUUGUUAGAUUUAAGGUAGUCUGGCUAAAUUAAGUUAAUCUUCGUUCACUUACAUCUAGCUGACUACCUUAAAUCCAACAAAUUAUCCGGCUAAGCAACAUAUCCUGCUUUGCGGAAUACCCCCCUGGUAUGUUUAGCCAUCUGCAAACUUGCAGGUGUUUUAAAAUUCAAAAAUGCUGUUAUGCAAAUGCCCCCCCCCCCACUUUAGACACUGUAGAUACUUUAUGAGUCCAAUAUUUCUCAGCUGGUGCAUCAUAAAUGAAGUACUAGAAUUGAAACAAGCUGUGUGCACAGAAGGCAGUAGUGUGAGCUGGAGCAGAACCCCGCUUGUCCUUUUAAGUGUGUUUUCUUCCCAUGGGUUUAUCGCACAUGUUGCAGGAGCCCCCAGGCAUAGUGAGAAAGUCCCACCUGCUGGCCCCGUUAUGUGCUAUACAAACCAGCCAGUAAGUGGCAAUAGGUCCUUCAGGGCUGCUCAUUUAAUCACAGCUCUGUGAAAUGUGUGCGAUUUGCCCAGACUAAGGGAUUAAGUAAUAAUAAUGAUGAUGAUGAUGAUGAUGAUGACGAUGAUGAUGAGGUGGCACUGGGCGACACUGAGCCUCGUGGCCUGCCCUUCCGGGCUGUGGCCUGCUGCUCUGGCUUUCACCCUAAGGGCCGACAGCGUUUGUGCUGGGAAGUUAGUGUCUCCUUAUCUACAGCCAUGUGCCAAAUGCCAGAUCACGGACAGAGCAGUGACUCUCCAGCCUUGGGUUGCUGUGUUGGCUUGUGCUCUAACCAGAAAGCUAAGGUGCAAUAAGGGAGAUGUGUGAGUCAGAGACUUCAACACUGCGCAAGAUUCAAAUUAAACACAACCGUUACUUUGUGUGUUGCUCGGUUGUGACGCAGGCAGACCUCCUGCAGGCUAGCUGCGCAGACGUCGGGUUCUGCUCCGAGCGUUGGUUGCCCAGAGGCGGCUAUAGAGACUGCCUUCAGGUCGGGGAGGAUCCCAACGUUGCCAACAGGUGAUCGUAAUUUUUUUUGUAACGCAAAAAGACAAAUGGUACAAAUCUAUAGCACCAAUGCCCAAUGAUUUACAUUAUAUAUAAGCCCGCCUGCCCAAUGAAAGCCACUUAGACACCCUGUACUGACGAUGGUUUACAGACCUCCCAAGCACUGUCACAAAGAGGAAUGUACAUAUUGUAGACAUACAUUUUAAACAUUUGAUGUGUGAAAAGGUUUUUUUUCCCCAAUAGAGAAGAGCUUAAGACAAUUUGUUGACAAUUGCCAUUUUAUACAACUGGUUUUGUACGCUCCCAAUCCAUGUGUGAUGACUGGUUUUUAUGCGCUCCCAAUCCAUGUGUGAUGACUGGUUUUUGUGCGCUCCCAAUCCAUGUGUGAUGACUGGUUUUUGUGCGCUCCCAAUCCAUGUGUGAUGACUGAUUUUUGUGCGCUCCCAAUCCAUGUGUGAUCUCUCAGGUUCAGGUGCUCGGAGUCCCAGCUGUACUGCAGGAUUUCGGUUUGUUCAGAUGUUGUCAGUCACUCUUGUCAUUUGUGAAUUGUCAUGAUUUUUAAAAACAAUAAACAGAACAAAAUCA